AUGUCGGCAAUGGGACAACCACAUCCUGCAGACUCACAAGUAGAAAAGGCAAGGGCAAGGGCACUGGAAUUGGGUCAGAAGAGGAAGCUCCUCGAUCGCGAAAUCCAAACACAUGCUGACGUCUUAAAGAGAGAAGGUGUCACUCUCACCUCUCCAUUGACCGAUGCUCAAGGGUUUCCUCUGAACUCGGUAGACAUCCCUUCGAUCCGCGCAGCACGGUCCAAGAUCAUCGCACUGCAGAAUGACCGCAAAGACAUCGACGCCGAGCUGGCCAGCUUGGUGGACGUAGCACUGGCGAGGGGAGACUCGGGAUCAUCAGAGAUUGAUAUGCAGCCCCUCCGACUCUCCACGAGCCAAGACCAAGAUCAAAAAUCCAUGCCUCCCUCUGCCACCGAGACUGGCCCUGCUACUCCGCCACUGCCUUCGGUAGAGAGCAAACAGACCGACGGCGACGUGGUGGUAACGCCAAAGGCUUUGCUGUCCAGCCUCUCCUUCCUCGACCGCUUCCUGCCCGUCUGGAUCUUCUUGGCAGUAGUCAUCGGCGUCGUCAUUGGCUACUUUGCCCCAGGUGUACAUGAUGCCUUUGCCACGGGCGGCGAAGUGCAAGGCGUUGCCGCACCUCUGGUGGUCGGUCUCAUCAUCAUGAUGUGGCCUAUCCUCACCAAGGUGCAGUACGAGCGGGGCAGAGAGCUCGUGCAAAGCCGACGAGUCUGGACACAAAUCGGCGUCAGCCUGCUCCUCAAUUGGAUCGCAGGACCUUUCAUCAUGCUCGGACUCGCAUGGGCUACGCUCCCUGAUCUACCUACCUACCGAAUUGGAAUCAUCCUCGUUGGCGUUGCACGAUGCAUUGCCAUGGUCAACAUCUGGGUCAGCCUCGCAAAGGGAGACUGCGACGUCUGCGCCCUAGUCGUCAUCGUUAACUCCAUCCUACAAAUCGUCCUCUUCAGUCCUUAUUCAAUCUUCCUCAUCAACGUCAUUUCUGAUGCCGACAACUUAAAUCUAGACUACUCUCACACGGCCAUUGCCGUCGCACUCUACCUGGGCGUACCUCUCGCGGCGGGAGUGGUGACUCGCUUCUCUGUAAUCUUCCUGAUGGGCAAGCAAAGAUUCCAAAACAUCUUCCUGCCCUACUUUGGAGCCCUAUCUCUCGUGGCACUCCUCUACGUCGUCAUUGUCAUCUUUGCCCUCCAGGCCAGGCGAGUCUUGGACAACAUCGGCCCCGUCUUCAGAUGUUUCGUACCGCUAGUGCUGUACUUUACCAUCAUGUGGGUGGGCACCUUUGUCCUCUGCUGGAGGCUAUCACGGAAAUACUCGCGCACAUUCGACUACCAAAUGACAGUCGUGCAGGCCUUUACUGCCGGAAGCAACAACUUCGAGUUGGCCAUUGCAAUCGCCGUCUCCGCAUAUGGAGCUGGAAGCGAUCAAGCACUAGCGGCCACCAUUGGGCCUUUCGUGGAGAUCCCUGUGCUGUUGGCCCUCACCUACGUAUCCCUCUGGCUAGGGAAGAAGUGGACGUGGGGAAGCAAGAAAGUAGGCGACGAUCUUGAAGGGAGCGUGGCCGCAAAGGAAAAAGCAUAG